AUGAAGCUCUUUGAAAGCAAACAUUUGUUUGACUACAGUUGGGAACAAGUGACAGCUGCAAAUUGGCAAAAAUAUCCCAACGAGUUAUCCACACAUGUUGUCAGUGUCGACAUUUUGAACAGGGAAAUCGAUGUGGAAAAGAGUGUUUUAAGGACUGAAAGAUUGAUCGCAUGUAAACAAGCUAUCCCUCAUUGGUUGCGUGCCAUCGUCGGAGCAGAUGAAUACUCGUACGUCAGAGAAAUCAGCGAGGUGGAUUUGAAAACUAAAACUUUGAUCAUGAAAUCCGCCAAUAUGACAAUGAGCCAUUUGCUUUUGGUGAAUGAAACUGUGGUUUACCGUCCUGACCCAAGCAUGCCUGAGAGCAAAACUUUAUUUGAACAGGAGGCAGAAAUCACCGCAUUUCUGUCCUGGUCCAGCAUCUGCAACAAGAUCGAAGAUUGGUCCGUGGAAAGAUUCGGCCAGAACGCAAAGAUUGGAAAAAAUGGCUUCGAAAUGGUGUUACAGUCAUUGUCAGAGAAGUGGGAAGAGUCUGGCUUGUUUGUCAAGGAUGUUAGUAAUAGCAUUAUGAAAGAAAUCGACGAGGUCAAUGAUUUGACGCACGAUGUGUUGGUCGAUGUUUCUGAGAAGACGCAAGAAGUUUUCAGUGAAGUGAGCGAGAAAACUACCAGUGUCUUAAGCGAAGUUAGAAAGUUGCGUGGCGUGUGGGGCAGAGGAUAG